AUGCGUAGUUCCUCUGCUGCGAGCGCUCAACCCUGUUAUGACCUUUGGACAGUGCUUCCUAAAAGUCCCCUAUCAGCAGAUGCUGACCCUUGUGAAUGACAGCAAUCUUCCAGGCUGCUACAGGAUUCUUCCUCAGGAAUACAAGGAUGCUGCUGCUGUGCGGUACUCCAGCCUUGCGCCAUGUGGGAUUAUCCAGCCACACAGCUCGGUGGAGGUCCCGUUUACACUGCAAGCCCAGGUGGUGGGAGAGCAGGACACUGUUGCUCGUGUCAUGACAAUAGGGAGCGAAGGAGCCCCACUGGAAAUCCAUUUGGUGAGCAUUGGUGAAGGACCAGUUGUCUACGUGCAUCCGAGCAAGAUAAAUUUUGGCCGUAUCCAAGUCCUACAAGAUGCUUCCCGAACUCUCCACCUGUCCAACCAGACUCUCGCCCCUGCAUCCUUCCGGGUAGAGAUGGCUGGCAAAUGCUCACGCUGGAGGAUUGAACCCCGUAAAGGAGUGAUCCCCCCCAACACUGAGCUAUCUGUGGCUGUCGUUGCAAACUUGGAUGACACCGGGAUGUUUAAUGACGAGGUGAAGGUGUUCAUAGAGCAUGGCCAUAGCUACGUCAUACCCAUCCAGGCCAUUGGCUUUGGCACCACAAUUGUUACCGACAAAGCCAUUGCUCCGGAGCUCAACUUGGGGCCGCACUUCAGCACAAUUCCAUUCUGUUACCGCUUCAAGGUAACGAACAAAGGAAGACGCACCCAUUUGCUGUAUUGGACAACUGAAGGGUUUUCUACAUUUCGCCAGCGUCAUCAUCUCCCUGCCCUCACAACCACCAAGGGCAAGGAUUCCUCCCAGAACCCCAAAUCUGCCUGCCCCGUGUUUAAGCUUCGACCGCUGAGGGUGGAGCUGAUGCCAGGCAAGAGUAUGGAGAUGGUGCUGGAAGGCUUCUCCAGCACUCCACAGGUGGUGAAGGAGCGGCUGCUGUGUCAUGCCGUCGUGGGGAGCGAGGCAGGAAAGGUGCGGAUAAUGCAAGUGGACGUCACGUGUGAGUUCAUUGCUCCUGUUCUGCAAGUGUCCUCCAGGGAACUCAUUUUCCGCGUGGAGAAGCAACCCAGUGAUGUCGUGACUCUUCAGUACAAGCCUCUUUCUCUAAAAAACAUCUGCCCCCUGCCACUCAGCGUUGUCUUGGCCUUAGAGGAACCUUUCUUAAUCUGCCACGCGGACCGGCAGCCCCUCCCUGCAGAUGUUCAGCCUGUGAAGCUGGAGGCAGGGGAGGAAUGUCACCUCUCCAUCAGAUUUAAUCCUGCUUGUGAGGAGGGUUUGACUAGCAGGGAGGUAGAGAAGGUUCUGAAGAUACAGUUUCUUGAGCACCCUCAUGAGGAGCAGGUCUCUGUUCGGAGAGAAGUCUACUUUCCGAGUCUCCGUAUCCAGACCACAGCCCUGGACUUUGGCUGCAUCUGGAAUGACACUGAAGCAGUGCGUUAUACUGAGAUGAGCAACUGCAGCCCACUUCCUGUGCGGUACCGCUGGUUGUUCCUGACAGACGGCCCGGCGAGCCAGAUGAGGUUCAGCCCUCCUGCAAGUCAGUGUUUCAUCACAGCGCAACCACCACAGGAGAACAUAACCCGGUCGGAAGGCUCAGCAUCUGCAGAGAGCAGCUCCAGGGAAGAGGCUGCAGAGGAGCCAGCCAAAGGCCUGGGAGCAGCAGGAGAUGCUCUCCAAAAGCCAGCAGAUGCCAGCGAUUCUCUGGAAGCAAAGCCACUACCAUCCACUGCUCCAAAGAUGGAAGGUACUGAGGAGACUGGGAGCCUGCAACGGAGGCAGUUCACGCAGGCAGAGCCCGUCAGCGUGGGAAUAGAGGAGGUUUUCAACAUCCUGCCUCUGCAUGGUGUACUGCUGCCAGGUGAGAGCCAGCGGGUCAUGUUCACUUUCUUUGGCCACGCAAACAUCGUCGCCCGCGUCAUGGCUCUGUGCAGGGUGGAGGGAGGCCCCACCUACGAGGUUGCACUGAGUGGGGAGGCUUCCCUUAUCAACUACGUCCUGGACAACGCAGAGAUUGACUACGGCCUACAGAAGCAGGAGGUCACCCUGCAGAACAGUGGGAAGGUGGGGUUCACCUAUGCAGUGUUGAGCCCCAGCGUGGCCACUGCAGGCUGCCCGCGGCCCCGCGAGCCCCUGGUCCUGCCCAGCACGGGUUAUGUUGGAGCUGGCAAGGAGCAAGCACUGAAAGUCUACUACCUGCCAGGAGUACCUGGUGGCUUCUGCAGGACUUUCCAGGUCCAAGUGGGUCACCUGGAGCCAGAAGAGAUCUCCUUAAAAGGAGAGGGUAGCUUUCCCAGGAUCUCCUUGGACCUCCCCAGGAAUAUCAAAGGAAAUGAAAAAUAUGAGAAGGUCCUCAAGGGGGCAAAAGAGAAGAUGGAACAAGACAGCCAGAGAGAUGAAGCUGUUGUUCUGGGAGAAACUGUGGCUGCAGAGCCACCCACGGACGGCUCCAGCACCAUGUUGGAGCCUUGUCUGCAGAUGCAGAUGGAGCAGAUGCUGCUAGAGGAACAUGCCCUGGAGCAGCUGAAAGCUCUGGCCUGCGGUCCCCCAGAGGACACUGCCUUUGACCAGCGUGCUCGCUGCAGGCUUCUCAAAGCUGAGCUGCCUGAGUACAUCCUGGACUUUGGCUACGUCAUUUGUGGUAGUAGCCACACUCACGUUGUGAAGAUCACCAACACCGGGCGGUUUCCUGUGUCCUUCUACACUGACAAGAGGGUCCUGCGUAGCACAGGUUUCCGUGUGGAGCCGGACCACGUGAAGGACCUGCCGUGCUGUGAGACCGAGUCAUUCACAGUGCACUUUGACUCAGAAAAUGCCAACCUGCCACUGGGAGAGGUGGACGUGCUCCUGCCCAUCAAGGUAGCAGAAGGCCCCACGUAUCACGUCCGCCUGCGUGCCAACGUGACUGUGCCAUCCCUCUGCCUCUCCAAGGACAGACUGGACUUCUCUGCCGUCCAGUGUGGGCAGUGCCGGGAAGAAACUGUCCAAUUCCACAAUCAGCUGCAGGUUCCCUGUAAAUGGUUCAUCACCAUCAAUGAGCCUGUUGAGAAGGUGGACAAACGUGUGCCAGGGAAUGUGCAGAAGGUGGCAGAGCAAGCGCCGUGUUUCACUGCGCUGCCCUCGGCUGGAGCCCUCUCGCCAGGACAGCGAUGCAACGUGCGAGUCAGGUUUUCACCCACAGAAGAGAAGUCCUACAACAGCAUUCUGAAGAUUAACAUUUCCCAGAGCAGCCGGUCCCUCCAGCUGCAGGUCUCAGGGCAUGGGCUGGAGCCACAGCUGGAGUUCAGCCCCACAGUGCUUGAGCUGGGACCGUUGAUGCCACGCAGCUGUGGGGUGGAAGGGGACAGGUGGAUAGGUGAAGAACCCAGUGCGAUUUCCCCGAUCGAGUUUUACUCUCUGGAGUUUGACCGGGAGUACCUCGAGGAGGAGCAGAUCCUGCGGAUGCUUAAGGGCUACAAUUGCCAAAACACCUUGUUGCUGCCUCCACGUGCCCCGGGUGAGAAGCUGCCUCCAGAGGUGCUGGAGUACUACCAGGACCAGAAGAGGCUGCAGGAUGAGCAGGCGAAGCCCGAGACUGGGGAACCAGCAGGCCAGGCCAAUGCAGAGCACCAGCAAAGCAUCACUGGCAGCAAGGAGGCUGCAGGAGAACAGGAUGACAGCCCUGUCUACAGAGCCAUUGCCCGCCACCUUGGCAUUGAUCUCUCUCCAGAAGGACGUGCAGCCCAAAACCGUAGAGGAAUAGUCAUCAUUGUCCACGGGGCGCCCCUCACAGGAAAGACCUCAGCAGCGGUCUCCCUGUCCAAGUACUACGGAGCUGCCUGCUUGUCCAUUGACGCUGUGGUGAGAGAAGCCAUCUCAGACAAGAGGAGCUUGGCAGGGCUCCGUGCGCGGGAGCUGUGUGUGGCAGCCACCUCUGAGCAGAGCCACAAGGAGACAAACAAUGCCGGUCGAGGUGCAGAUGUGUCCUUCCAGCAGGAGGUCAGUGUGGAGGCCAAACACAGCCUGAAAGUGAGCCACUCCAUCUCCAAAGGCAAAGGCAGCCUGCGGCCCAUCAGAUCCCAUGUCCAGGGGUUAUCCAGUUUUCAUCACGUCUUUCCCUCUCUCUGCAUUCCUGCACCCCAACGGCUGAGCAUCAGUGGCGGCACAGAAGGAGAGAGGCGCUCUGUGAGCUGUGUGCUGCCUGAGGACUUGCUGGUGGCCAUCCUCUCUGAAAGGCUGCAGCUGAGUGACUGCUCCCAGGGAGUGGUGUUUGAUGGCCUGGAGACCCUCUUUGCACACAGCAUGGUGUCUGCUCUCCUCUGCCUGCUAAAAGCUGUGAGGAAUCGACCUCAUAUCUACUUCGUGAACCUGUACCAGGAUUAUGAUUCUUGGAAAGCCAGGGAGACAGCCAUGAAAGAGCAGAAAGGACAAGAGCAGGAAGAACCUGCCAGGAGUGAGGAAGCAUAUCUCCAGGACAUGGAUGAGGAAGAGUAUGACGCCCUCACCGAGGAACAGAAAAUUCAGUUUAAUAACAACAUCCGACAAGUUCAGCGUGAGAGGAAGAAGAGGGAGAUGGAGCAGCUGGCUCAAGAGCUUGAGGAAAAGCGGCAGCAGAAGCUGAAACACUUGAAGGAGAAGGAACUGCUGAGGAAGUGCUCUAGAAUGGUGACGAGGUGGCUUGGAGAAACCAGAAACAGUGCUGUGAGGAGGAAAAGCGAGGCUAGAGUCAGGCAGAACGCGAACACGUCCACCAGCACUGCAUCCCCCAGGAACCAGCCCAGUGUCACCAAAGGGGCAAACAAGAAGGGAUCCGUGAAGGACCACCCAGGCUCUGUUGAUAGUGGCAAGGAAGAACCAAAGAAGGGGAGCAAGAUCCCCCUGACAGCAGCCUGCCCGGCAGCGGAUGUGGAACCUGCAGGCCCAGAACAGCGGGAAACCAAAAAUGAGGCCCUGAGUGAAAGCGACGAUAACUUGGCCCUGAGGUUUAAGCUCUAUGAGGCAUCGCAGAAGGGCAUGGCACAUAUUUUGUCAUUCUGGGACAGAGUUCAGGGUAUUCUGCUGUCCCCUCUGAGCCAAGAGGAGAUGCUUCACAAAGGAGGAGACCAGCACAAGCGUUUAUCCAGCCACAGGUACCGGAAGGACAGAGAGAAGGAAAGGCUAGAAAAGGAACGCAGAGAGAAGAAACGCCUGGAGAAAGAGCGUCUGGGUAAACUGAAAGCUCUUGAGGAAUCUAAGUUAUGUCUUCUGGAAGAGGAAGGUGCCCAAGGUUCAUCCAGAGGCCAGGAUGUCGGGGUGCCCUCCUUGGACAUCCAGGUGCUGAACCCAAAAGAUGUGACUAGGAAGAUCCUGGAGAGCGGCAAGCUGCCAGCAGCAGAGCAGAUCCUAGAUGACCUGGGUCUGGGUCCCUCGGGGCCUCCUGUUCCCCCUACCACUUUUUACUCUGUGGUCCAUUACCCGGAGAAGCGGGUGGCCCCGGCAGCAGAAGACCUGGAGCACUUCAUCUUUGUUGUGCCAGAGGGAACCACUGGUGAAGACAAACAGAAGGAUACCGCAAGUGGCUUGAAGGCCUCUGCUGUGCUCACAGUGAAGAGGUCAGAGUUGCUGGCCAGCCCGACCAGGCGCAGCGUGAAGGAGAAAGCUGUGGUCCACCAGAAGGCUGCCGAAGAGAAACCAAGCUCUGGCCAGGGCAGGAGAGGUCACCAGGAUGCACCCACAUAUUCCUUGAGGGUGAAACGAAGUCGUGUGAAUGUGGUCCAACCCCCACAGAGACCUGCCAGGCUGAGUCACUGCCGGUGGAUUGUUCCUGCCCAUGACAAGGUGGAACUGAAGGUUCACUUCAGCUCCACGGAGCUGGGCCAGUUUGAUCAGACGCUACAUUUUGAGAUCCUGGGGACAAAGCGUCAGUACCAGCUGCAGUGCAGGGGCACCUGCCUGUAUCCUGCCAUCAGCCAGGACCCACGGGUGGUGUUCCCUCACCAGAGCAGGAGCAAGAAGUAUGAUGACAUUGUUUCCAAGCAGUACGUCAUGGACAAAGGUGUAUUCCACUUUGGGCCAUUGCUGUGCGGGAAGUCAAAGGACUGGUACAAGGCACAGCAUUGUCCCAGCAACUUUGAGAAGAUCAACAUCCUCAACAUCACAUCCUUGGAAGCAGAGGUGCAUUUCUGCUUUGAACACGAUCGCAGAAUGGACGUGUUCCGUUUAGACCCUCCCAGCAUGAGACUUAAACCGAAUGAGAAGCAGGAGUUGAGCAUUUGGGCGUACCCCACUUCGACUGGGCUCAAGGAAGACAACCUCAUCUGCUGUAUUGAGGACAACCCAGACCCAGUGGUCUUCCGCCUGUGCUGCCAGGGAGUGCAGGUGAAGCUGGAGGUCAGCCCCAAGAAGGUGCAGUUCAACAGGCUGCUUCUGCACAGGAUGGACAGCAAGACCGUGGUCCUGCACAACCCUACCCCGCUGCCUGUGGCCUGGUGGAUCCGUGGGCUGGAAGACCUUGGGGAGGGCUUCUCAGUGUCGCAGGAUGCAGGCAUCAUUGGUCCCUGCUCAGAGUUUGGCAUGCGUUUGUGUUUCAAGGCCACAAAGGUUGACGACAUUAAGAAGACAUUCCAAGUAGAGGUUUCAGAUGCAGAAAAACUCCUGGGCAUUGUUCAAGUAGAAAGUAUCCAAGUCUUUGCGGAGGCCUAUGACAUUGGUCUGGACAUCAAUGUUUCUACAGGUCAAGGUUACGUGGAUUUUGGAGCCCUUAAAGUCCUGGGUGAGGCAAAGCAAGUGCUGACUCUGAAGAACAGAGGGAAGUACGAGAUUGUGUACAGUUUCAAGCUGGAAGCCGCAGAUACCAACAUACCUGACUUGGCAUCCCACUUCACUGUCCACCCGCAGAAGGGCAUGCUGGCCUCCUCUGGAGAUUCCAUGCAUGUCCAUCUGCUCUUCCACCCUAAGAGGGAAAUGAGCAUUGAGGACAAAGCCAUCCUGCAGUGCCAGGUGAUUGAUCCCAGUAUCUCUGAAGGAGACAAGAUCGCCGCUGUCAUCCCAAUCAAAGUGUCAGCGAAAGCUGCAUUCAGCAAGUACAGCAUUUCCCCUGCUUCACUCAUCAACUUUGGUGUUGUGCUGAAGGGCACCAGGAAAACCCGCACCUUCACGCUGGAGAAUAAAGGCGUCCUGGCCUUUAAUUUCCACAUCUGCCGAGUGCCACCAAAGCCAAGUGCACAUCAACUGCAAUCUGUCCAGUCCUGCAUGAGUGAAGACACAAGGACAAAUGCUGUAUUGGCCAAGAAAAGCAAGUGCUUGCUGCAACAGGAUGCAGGCCCUGUCAUUGAGACUCGCUUCACUCUCGGCAUGUUCACGGUUUACCCUGGCUUUGGCUCCAUCCCUCCUGGGGGCCGGCAGACGAUCACGGUUGAGUGCCGUGCAGCGACACUAGGGAAAUGCAAGGAGCACCUGUCCAUCGAUAUCCAAGGCAGAGCCCCCACGGACAAUCCCCUUGGCGUUCCCUAUACCCUGUUUGCUGAGUCCUGCUUCCCAGCAUUUGUGGUUGAUGACAUCGAGUCAAUCUUUGAGGAGCAUAGAAUAUGCGGCAACAAGAAACUGUACCAGAGCCUACAGACACUGCAAGACAAGGGUGUGUUCAUCACAGAUGAGAACAGGUUUAUCUUCACCAAUGUUGUCGUUGGGCACCAGGCUGAGGCUCGCUUCAAGAUCCGUAAUGUGAACAAAGUCCCCUGUAAUGUGGUCCUCUCCGUCAAACCCAUCAGCACUGAGCAUAAGAACGACAUUAAAGGCAUUUUCAAGGUGGAUCCACUUCAGAUGUGUGUGCCCAGCCGCUCUCACGCCUUUGCUACAGUCACCUUCAGUCCGCUAAAGGCAAAGAACUACCGGUGCACAUUUGAGGCUUCCCUUGACAUCCAAGCAAGCCCUGCAGCAACUAAAGCACAGAGCCUGACCUUCUCCAUCACUGGGGCUGGGAAUCUGCCUCAGGUGACUGUCCUGCGCCCGGUCCUUCGUGAUGAGAAGGGGAACCCUUUGUUGCUUUUCAAGAAGCUGUUGCUGGGUGAUUCACAAGAACUCCCUCUGGUCAUUUGCAACAGUGGCAUCGUACCUGUCCAGUUGAUCAUGGACCUGUUGGGUGGAGAGGGAGUUUUCUUCUUGAACACCAGGGCCACCACACGCUGCAUCUACAAAGACGCGGGCAUGGAGGAGGACUCUCCUGGAGCAGGGAGGAAGCCGCACACCGUUUCCUUGGUCCUGCUUCCCGGGGAAUCAGCCGAGUUUGAUGUGCUCUUCAAACCGAACCUUGCCCGACAUGUGGAAGGGAAGAUCCGCGUGUUGGUGGUGGGCAGCCUCAAUGCAGAAACCAACAUUCAUCUGGUUGGUGAUGGCUGUGAGGAUGACUUCCUGCUAGAAAACAUCCACGGACUAAUGGCAGGCAGCGAAGAGAGCACUGAGGGCAAUCUGAAGGAAGAUGUAACUGAGGGUAAGAGCAGAGAGACUGCCAGGAUUGAGCAAGGAACAGGAAGACAGACAUUUCUGCUCACCCUGUGCCAGUGCACGUGUGGUCCAGACCUAGCAGGCAGAUCCUGUGGCCUUUUGUAGCCUGCGGAGCAGCCCCACUUGAGAACACAAGGGAAGAUCGUCUGUCGGGGUGAAGUAUGCAGGCUGGUAGGGAAGGGUUGGAGAAAGCACUGUGCAGCAGAGAAUCUCCACGAGGAGAUCUGCCAGCCCGUGGUGUCCUGUAGAGAUGAAAACGAUGUACGGUCAUUUGUGUCCUCGAUAUA